UAAUUAACCAUUUUCGAGCAAUGAUUGUCUUUGUCGUACGCCAGGAGGGCUUUGCAGGCAGAGUGCCAUCCAAUGGGAAAAAAGAAGCAUCGAAGUGUAGACUUUUAUCUGUGACAGUUGAAGGUUUGAUCGACUGUCCCUCAAAGGGUACACCUUGUCUUGUUCUAAAGCAAAUCAGAGGUUCCUGUUCCCAUUAGGAAGGGUGUAUACAUGUUGGGUACAAGCAUUGUUGAAAAAGUUAAGACUGGUUAGGUUAGCUCAACGAGAAUUGCAGGAGAUGUACUUCAGGUGCGCAUUGUUAGCCCUAGUCCUGGGGUUGUCCACUCCCAGCGGGCACCCCUACUCUCUGGCUCUCUCAACUCCUUUAGGAUCGAAUUCUUUGCGGCAGCUGAGUCGGGAAUUGUUGGACUCGGUCAGAGAUCCCCACUUUUCCGAUUGGUUGAAACAGGUCAGAAGGAGUAUCCAUGAAUACCCGGAAUUAGGGUUCGAAGAGCACUUGACGAGUCAGCUCAUCAGAAAUGAGCUUGACGCUCUGGGAAUCGAGUAUACCUGGCCGGUUGCCAAAACUGGGGUUGUCGCUGUUAUUGGUUCCGGCGAUCGACCUUCGUUUGGUUUAAGAGCUGAUAUGGAUGCUCUCCCUCUUCAGGAAUUGGUGGAAUGGGAACAUAAGAGCAAGAUUAAUGGUAAAAUGCAUGCUUGUGGGCAUGAUGCUCAUGUUGCCAUGUUGCUUGGAGCAGCCAGAUUGCUUCAAAGCAGAAAGAAGAACUUGAAGGGAACUGUGAAGCUGGUUUUCCAACCCGCUGAAGAAGGCAUGGGUGGGGCUAACCAUAUGUUAUUGGAAGGAGUGAUGGAUGAUAUAGAAUCAAUGUUUGGGCUCCAUAUAUGGCCAGGUAUGCCUGUUGGUAAAAUUGCUUCAAGAGCAGGGCCCUUGCUUGCAGGCUCAAACAGGUUUUCAGUUGUAAUACAAGGCAACGGUAGGCAUGCAGCUACUCCGCAUAAAACCCGAGAUACUGUUCUUGCCUCAUCUAUGGCCAUUCUUGCUCUCCAACAUCUUGUUUCUCGAGAAACAGAUCCUCUUGAGCCCAGGGUAGUAUCAAUUGGAUUUGUAGAGGCUGGUCAUUCAAAAGAAGUGAUACCAGAUCAAGUGAAGUUUGGUGGAACUUUUCGCUACUUGACUUCUGAUGGUUCAUCCUAUCUCCAACAACGAAUCAAAGAGAUAAUUGAGGCACAAGCAGCAGUUUACCAAUGCUCUGCAGCGGUGGAGUACCUAUCAGGGGAACGGACACCCUACCCGCCAACCCUUAAUGACCAAGGGAUGUACGAACAUACCAAGGAAGUCGGAGGCAUUUUGCUCGGUGAGAAAAAUGUGGAAUAUGCCCAGAUCACAAUGGCUGCUGAGGAUUUUGGCUUUUAUGCACUAAAAAAGAAAGCGGCUUUCUUUUUUAUUGGUGCAAGAAAUGAGACAAUGGGAUCCUCCAUCAAAGGACUUCACAGUCCUCACUUCAUUAUGGAUGAACGUGUUUUGCCCAUAGGAGCAGCUCUUCAUGCUGCUGUUGCCAUUGCUUACUUGGAUAGUCACCACAAUAAGGGACAAUAGCCUAAACUUCAUUUUCAGAUGAGUUGUAAAUUUGAAAUGUAAUCAAAUGUACUUACAGCGCACAUUAAAAUGACAUCACUAAUUUUUUUAAUAAACAGAGUCAAGGUAUAAAAUAAUUUCUCCCCAUCUCAAAGUUUUUCAUGUACGAUUGAAAGAAUGA